AUGGGAAAAGAAAUUGUUUUGUCUGACAAUGUAAAGAUUCUUCUGGCUUUGCUUGUCCUGCAGCUCUGCUUUUCAGGGUUUCACAUUGUCUCUAGAGUUGCACUAAAUAUUGGUGUUAGCAAAGUUGUUUACCCAGUUUAUAGGAAUCUCAUUGCAUUACUUUUGCUGGGUCCAUCAGCUUAUUUCUUAGAGAAGAAUGAAAGACCACCUCUUACUCUCCCUUUGUUGGCUCAGUUCUUCCUUCUUGCAUUACUUGGGUACACUGCAAAUCAAGGAUUUUAUCUGUUGGGAUUGUAUUAUGCAUCUCCAACAUUUGCUUCAGCAAUGCAAAACUCAGUUCCUGCAAUUACUUUUCUUAUGGCUUCAGCUUUAAGACUCGAGAAAGUAAACGUCACAAGGAGAGAUGGGAUGGCAAAAAUCCUUGGAACCAUUGCAAGUAUAGGAGGUGCCACGGUUAUUACUCUCUACAAAGGGCCUCCUCUUUUGCACCAGACAGUGCAAGUACAAGGAAAUGCCUCAGCAGAGGAGAUUCCGAGAAAUGCGCAGAACUGGACAUGGGGUUGUAUAUACCUGCUUGGCCACUGCUUAUCAUGGGCAAGUUGGAUGGUCUUUCAGGCUCCUGUGCUGAAGAAGUAUCCGGCGAAGCUCUCACUUACAUCAUUUACAUGCUUCUUCGGAUUGAUCCAGUUCCUAGUCAUCGCAGCUUUUGUAGAAACAGACUUUGAGCGUUGGAAAAUCGUAUCUGGAGAGGAAGUGUUCACAAUCCUAUAUGCUGGAAUUAUAUCAUCUGGUGUGGUCAUUGCCCUUCAGACAUGGUGUAUCCACAAAGGCGGCCCUGUAUUUGUCGCAGUCUUCCAGCCUUUGCAGACCUUCCUAGUUGCUAUAAUGGCAACUCUAAUUCUACACGAUCAGUUAUAUUCUGGAGGGAUUGUUGGUGCCGUUCUCAUAAUGCUAGGUCUCUACUUAGUUCUAUGGGGUAAAAACAGAGAGAGGAGAAUGGAAAACCAAAGGGAACCAUUUAAAGUGCCACUUCUUGAUGAAGAAAGUAUAGAGAAACAAGAUGGUGAAGUUGAAUCAGACAUACCUUGAUAUAAUUAAUACCUUGUCAAGAUAGUUACUGGUUUGAGAUGAGCCCAACAUCUCAACAUGUAAAUCUAAUGGGACACUUUUUUUUCUUUUUCUUUUUUUUUUACCCCUUUU